ACCCUCCCUCCUUGGCUCCUUCCUUCCUUCUUCACUACACUCUCUUGUUUCCGCUCAAGCCUUCUCUUUCACUCUUUGCUCUGCCACUUUCCAUAUCUCUUCUCCGAACUCCACCUUUUUCCUCUCUGCAACUCUCUCUCUCUCUCUCUCUCUCUCUCUCUCUGUGUUUAGGUUUCCAUCAAUGGAAAUCAGCCCUAAACCUCAUGACCCACAGAAUCCUUCUCCGCUUCUCUCUCCCACCUCUCCACCUCUCACCUCCAGAAACAUCCCCAGAUCUGAUUCCCACCCUUACCCCACCACUUUCGUCCAGGCUGACACUUCCUCCUUUAAGCACGUCGUUCAAAUGCUCACCGGCUCCCCCGAUUCCCCUAAACCCCCACUUUCCGAUUCCCUUCCUCCUCCUCCGCCUCCUCCUUCUUCCAAGAGCUUCACUAUCCCGCCGGUGAAGACGCCGCCCAAGAAACAGGGUUUCAAGCUCUACGAGAGGAGGAACAACCUUAAGAACAGUCUCAUGAUCAACACCUUCACCACCAAUUUCCCUCCCAAUUCUGGGCUUUCACCUCGCAAGCCGGAGAUUCUGUCGCCCAGUUUGCUUGAUUUCCCUUCGCUCUCUCUCAGUCCCGUGACGCCGUUGAACGACGACGACAGGACCGACCCCUUUGAGAAGUCGUCGUCGUCGCCUCUCCUGACGAUGACGACGACGAACUCGCUGUCGUCGUCAGGGGAGGAGGAGAGGGCGAUCGCGGAGAAAGGGUUUUAUUUGCACCCCUCGCCCUUGAACACUCCCAGGGACUCCGAGCCCCGGCUUCUGCCUCUGUUUCCGGUGACAUCACCCCGAGUCUCCGAGUCGGAGUCUCCUCCGUGAAGCUAUGAUGAUUUUGUUGCUCAUUUACAGAAUAAUUCGCGAGGUUUCUGACUUGUAGGUACAAAACCAGAUGGUGAAAUUCUAGUUUAUUUCUUCCAUGAAAUGGCACAGCUCUCUGCUUCUUCUUCUUCGUGAUUCCCCUGGUUUUCGUAUCUUCUUCAUCAAAAUAUCAUUUUUUUACGGAAAAAAAAAAUCUCUCUAUCAGAUGAAUUUCAUCGAGUCACUUUUUGGGAUCCUUUUUGUCUUCGUAAGUCCUGACACAAAUGACUCUUCAUGUUUUUUGUCUUCGAAAUAUCAGAAAACAGAGGAAACAAACCAUGAAGCUCGAUGACAUUUCGAAUUGUACUAGAAUACUGCAUGUUUUUUCCCUGCUGUAAUAGGUGUCAUGUCUCAUAGUACAACAUCUCGUAGAUUGUUUGUGUCAUGUCUAUCCCAGGAAAAAAAAUGAAGAUUGGGAUAGGGAAAAUGGGAUGUUUUUGGGACACAUUUUAAUGAAGGAAAACAGUAUCUAUAAGGAAGACGUUGACAGAGAUCCACAGAGGAGGAAGAUGAAGUUUUCUUCUGCAGCUAGCUUUAGUCUAAGAUAUCUGUUUUGUUUCUUCAUCUUUCAUUUUGACUCCUAUUGGAAUUUUUGGAAGAAAGGCCAGAUCAGAUAGAUUUGUCUGUAUCAAAUUCUAAAAAAAUCUCCCUCGGAUCAAGUGAACCAGAAGUUUUCUUUUUGUCAUUUUCUUUUUCUCCUCCUGCUCUCGUGUUUCAAAGAUGUGGAUAGAUAUGUAGAAAUUUGAGUUUAAAGAGAAGAUCAAUAAUUAGGGCCAAAAAAAAAAAAAGGAAUAAUGGAAAGCUUGGAUUUUUCUCCAUCCCCAUUUAAAAUUUCUUAUGGUUUUUGGAUUUUGAGCUUAGGAUUAGCUUAAAGUCACUGUGAUUUCAAAUUGCAGUUAGAAUAGCAUGAAAAUUGAAAAUCGGAACAAAGUUGCAGGAUCCCCCAUAGGGAAGUGGCCAUUGUAAUUAUCGUGCAUAAUUUAAGAUUAUGAUACUUAGGCAGUCAUUAUUGAUGUUUA